CGACUUGUAUGACAGUUUUUGCGCGACAAGCUUGAAGUGGUCCUGUGCUUCUCACUUAUGGUGGUAAUGACCCUUGAGGUCGGCUGGGAGCGGAGCAAAAGGGGUGUGAUGAUGUCUCCACGCUAACUUGGGAUCUAUUUGUCAAUGCGAUAACAAAGCCUUGGAGAUGACCGAGAGAUCCGGAAUAUUAACGCCCAAAUCCACCGUCUCGUGCUUUGGAUAGCCUGCCCAUGAACUACUCGAAUUAUGGCCCAUUCAAUUGAUGAUCGCCUUACUGUUGUCCUCGCUGGCCUUCCCAUUUUCUUCAUUCUCAUUACUACCCUCAGGCGGUUCAUUGAGAACAUACGGAAUAGGCCUUCUCCUCCUCCUGGCCCAGUGGCGCUUCCGCUAUUAGGGAACAUAUUAUCUAUCAACGCUAAGGAACCUUGGCUCACUUAUACUGAAUGGCGUGCUGCUUACGGAGACUUGGUUUCUGUGCGACUUCUAGGCCAAGAAGUGGUAGUGAUCAAUUCCCUACAUGUUGCACAAGCCUUACUGGACAAACGUUCUCGAAUUUACUCCGAUCGGCCAUACUUAGCCACACGUGAUCCAUUUGGUUGGACUUUUAACUUUGCAUUCACAGGUUAUAGUGAUGUAUGGCGUCUUAGCCGGCGACUCUUCCAUCAGACGUUCCGUCCCGACUCUGCACUCAAGUUUCGUCCGAUGCAGAUCAGGCGGGCUCGCGAGAUGAUCGUCAACCUGAUCGAUGACCCUCAACAUUAUCAUUCCCAUUUCGCAACAUUCUCGUCUUCCGUCACGCUGUCAGCUGUAUAUGACUACGAGCCCAGUGCUCGUGACGAUUCUGUGGUUCGGCUGGUGGAAAAUUCUCUGGAACUUGGCCUUGCUGUGAUGACUCCAGAGAAAGCAAUCACCCUCAAAACCUUCCCCUUCCUGCUGAAGCUACCUGACUGGUGCUGGGGAUCCUCGAUAAAACGCGAUGCUCAAGCUUCGACCAAUUGCAACAAUGAAAUGGUCGAAGUGCCGUUUCGAUAUGCGCAGCAGCGUAUGGCCGACGACUUGCUCCGGGGUCAGUCUUCGAUGGUGGCAGAAAAUUUGCGACGGCUGGAGAAGCAAGAUGAAGCAUCCAAACCGAUGUUUGAGACUGCCUUGAAGAGAGCAGGUGCUACUGCUAUUGUGGCUUCAUACGAGACAAUGUCUUCAACCCUGAUGGUUUUCACUCUCGCCAUGUUGUUAUAUCCAGAUGUUCAGAAACGCGCACAAGCUGAGAUCGACUUAGUGACAGGAAGUGAUCGGCUACCUACGUUUGAGGAAAGAGCGUCACUACCCUAUAUUGAUGCCGUUCUGCGGGAGACCUUGCGAUGGCAGCCUGUUUUACCCCUUGGGUUGCCCCAUGCUGCCUCAAGUGCAGAUAUAUAUGAUGGUUACUUCAUUCCACAAGGAGCGACCGUCAUAUGCAAUACAUGGGGCAUUUCACGGGAUGAUAAGCGGUACCCCGAUGCAUCUUCUUUCAUACCAGAGAGGUUCAUCGACGUCAAUGGCGCAUUGACGAGUGAUGACCCCGCACAAUUUGUGUUCGGCCUUGGCCGGCGUAUAUGCCCAGGCCGAUAUACUGCUGAUGCGUCCUUGUGGUCUGCCAUUGCGACCAUGUUAGCCACGUUGGAUAUUUCUUCUGCCAAAGAUGACCAAGGCAAAGACAUCAACUUCACCCCCCAAUUUACGACUGGACUUUCUUACCGUCCUAUGAUCUUCCCUUGCAAUAUUUCAACACGUUCUCAUAUUCAUUCAGGACUUAUCGGCGUGUUGCGGGCUGAAGUGUGAUGUGGUCCAAGAAAAAGGAAUGUCUGUCUUUUCGUCUAUGAUUUGACUGUCGUCGGACGCUCUUUGUACUAGUACUUUUCAAAACCUUUCUCUGUGCUUUUUGUAAUGAUUGCUUGAUCGUCAGCUAUGGUGAUGGCCAGUCAUUCAUUUCAUCCAUAUGGCACCGCUUUCUACCGCUUUUAACCAUUCCGCAACUUCCGGGCGUAUGCCCAUACUUUUAUUCACUCUGCCAGUCACGCCUCGUUCGACCAUCUUUCGUCAUGUUUUCCACACACCCUCACUUCCAAACCAUCAGGUCGUGCAAUCGCCUCCGCCAGCUCCGCGCAAGGAACGACAGUGUCCAUCUCUACAAAUAAUUAUCAGUAUUCGAAGACGCGUUGAACAUCGUCACUGCCCU